AUGGAGAAAUCUAUUCUGGUGAUGGUGCUGGUGUUGGCUGUCUUACCCUACCAGCUUCAAUCCUAUUAUACUCCUUACAAUAGGCUCAGCAUUGAUUGUGGGGCAACCAACACAUGGGAAGAUCCACUCACAAACUACUGGUGGCGGUUGGACGAUGAGUUCAUAAAAAGCGGACAAAACAUUCUCCUCUCUGUGACCACUAACCGUUUACCUUUGGAAACACUGCGAUAUUUCCCAGAAGGGACUAAGAAUUGCUACAAUCUGCCAUUGGAGGUGCAAGAGAAGUAUCUUAUUCGAGCAGGCUUCUACUAUGGCAACUAUGACAAUCUUUCAAAGCCCCCAACCUUUAAUCUCGAAUUUGAUGGCAACUUAUGGGCUACUGUCACUACUUCUCUUGGCACCGACCCCAUCUAUCAUGAAGUAAUAUACAUUACAAGAAAGGAGUAUGUGAGCAUAUGCAUAACUAAAACACAGCAAGGACAGAUUCCCUUCAUUUCUUCUCUUGAGGCUAUAUCCAUUGCCAUUUACGAUGGCGUCUACAGACUGAUGAACAAUGACACAGCUCUCUACCUGGAGAGGAGGACCAACUAUGGCGCCAACCAAACUUUCCCGGAACGUUUUGAUACAUUGGCUGAAUACUACAAUCGAUUUUGGAAGCCAGAACAGCUGCCAAAUUAUCAGAACCCUUUCAAUGGAAUAGAUAGCGACUUCAGUUCAAUGGCAGAAAACUCCCCUCCUUAUAAAGUGUUGAACUCCGCCAUCAGAGCGCAAAAUGUUUCGGACUCCAUCUUCUUGCCUAUCGAUUUUCAUGAGAAGGCUCCACUCUCAGCCUACUUUGUGUUCUAUUUUUAUCAUGUAGGUCCGUGGCCCAACCUAAACAAUAUAACAAAGCAAAUUGUUUAUAUUGACGGCAUUGAAAAGAACGCAACAACAGUACGUCCAUACGAAGAGUGUGUUGUAGUUUCCGUAUACCCAGUUAAUGUUACAGGAACGGCCAAUGUGACUAUAUCACCAGCCCAAGGAACCACACUGCCACCCACCCUCAAUGCCAUGGAAGUCUUCACAACAAUUGAGGUCUCGAGCUCUAAGUCUGAUCCUCGGCUCAGCUUCUGUGCAUUCUUUUACGUCUUGGUUUGUCUUUCUGGGGUUGUUGUAUGGUUUGGGUGA